CAGAAAAGGAUGGUGGCCUACUUAACCAUGGUAAAUCUGUACAAGAAAAAAAAAAAAAUUGAAAAAGAUUGGGGAGGACGGCGUCUAAAUGCACUGGUGACUUUUAUAUAUAUUUCUAUUUUUCCUCAGAGUGAAUUACAUUGGUUUGCCGAAACGGUGUGACAUCGCAAGAGCACUCGUUCUUUGUCCUUCGUCCAUAUCGCACAGACCUGUAAUAAGAUUUGUAGUAUCAAAAUCUUCGACUGAGAUGGGGACCAAUUCGGCACAUGGAGAAUCCAAUUCCAAUCCCCACGUCAUAAUAGCUUGGGAGGUAGACAACGAUCGAUUAUCAUCCAUGGAGCAGAGAAUAACAGAGUCUCCAAGGCUACUCGGUAAAUUCGCAGGUAAAAGCUCCUGUUGUAUUUUCAGAGUCCCACAGAGCCUAGUGGAGGUCAACGGAAAGGCUUAUGAGCCCCACAUCGUCUCCAUCGGACCUUAUAACCACGGCCAACCUCAGUUCAAAAUGAUCGAGGAGCACAAAUGGCGGUAUUUGGGUUCUUUGCUUUCCAGAACAAAACCCAAAGGUCUCGAAUUGAAGGACUACUUUAAAGCCAUAGCAGAUUUAGAAGUUGAAGCCAGAGAGUGCUACUCCCAAACAAUCCACCUCACCACCCAUGAAUUCCUCGAAAUGAUGGUUCUAGAUGGCUGUUUCAUCAUCGAGUUGUUCCGUAAAGCUGCGAAAAUCGUUCGGUUUGAGCCCGAUGAUCCGCUCGUCACAAUGGCCUGGAUUAUACCAUUUUUUUACAGGGAUUUUCUAAGACUCGAGAAUCAGAUACCAUUUUUUAUUCUCGAACGACUGUACGAGCUCACGAAAUUGCCUGGAGAUGAAGAAUCCAAAACCUCUUUAUCCCUUCUUGCCCUGCAAUUCUUUAACAACGCGAUGCAGAGGCCGGAAAAAGUCAUCGAGAAGCAUCGAAAUAUUAAAGGCAAGCAUUUGCUGGAUUUGGUCCGUACGAGUUUCAUUCCUCCGGAUCCGGAAUAUCAAGAGCGAAAGAUCCGAAACCCCCAAACCCAUUUAAUCCCCUGCGUGUCGAAGCUCCGUCGAGCUGGAAUCGAGCUGAGGCCACCAGCCGACGCAGAGAGUUUCUUGGCGGUGAAAUUCAAGCGCGGAGUGAUCGAAAUGCCCACCGUUUGCAUCGACGAUUUCAUGAGCUCAUUCCUGUUGAACUGCGUGGCAUUCGAGCAGUGCUACGGACUGUUCUGCUCAAAGCAUUUUACCACAUAUGCCACGCUCAUUGACUGCAUUGUCAACACCUCUAGGGACGUGGAGUACCUCUGCGACCAAAACAUCUUCGAGAAUUCAUUUGGAAACGAUGCUGAACUUGCCAGGUUCAGCAAUAACUUAGGCAAAGAUGUGGCUUUUGAUAUCGAACUGUGCUACUUGUCGAAUUUGUUCAAUGAUGUUCAUGAAUAUUAUCGCAACAGUUGGCAUGUUACUUGGGCGGGAUUCAAGUACACAUACUUUGAUACGCCUUGGUCUUUCAUCUCCGCAUUGGCUGCUCUUGUUCUACUGCUCUUCACCUUGGCUCAGACUAUAUACACCGUUCUUGGUUAUUAUUAUGAUCGUAAUCCAAGGCAAAAUUAAUCAUCUUUUUGUGCUAAUUCCAUCUAUGUUUUUCUUUGUUUAUAUGGCGUCCUUAGAGCACUGUUAUUGAUUCUUAGAACAAGUAAGAGAUUUCAAAGGGAAAAUGUCCCCUUUUUUUUUCUUUGAUAAUAAUGGAAAAUAUUUCAUCCGCGUUUUGUUUAACAGGUCAUGGAUUCAAAUCCAGCAACUAAGAAAAGUUAUUGUAAAAGAUCCCAGUAAUUAUGAUUAAACCUUGUUUAGCAUAAAAUGUUUAAUAUUGUUUGUCAAAAUGUAAUUAUAUGUAUGAAUGAUAUUGCUGCCAUGUCAUUUGUGAGAACCACCACGACGGAUAUCAAACAUUCAAAAAAUCAGAGGUGUUGACCAAGGUCCGCGUUUUGUGUUUUUCUUUCUCAGCAGAUUAGGCCAUCUAACUAACAGUCCUACUUUUUCUCAACUAUAAGUGCACGAUCGUGUUCGAAAUAGAUUUGACCAAUUUUAUUUUCUUUAAUUUGUCAUUUGGUAAGUUUUUAAACUAACAUCGGACAUUUGUGUUCCCCACCUUCAUAUUUUAACUUUGAUAUUCCAAUAAUUGGCUCAACAAGUUACAUACAAGAAAGGUGGACAGUGUCAAAUAGUUUGAGUGCAUCAAAUCUGCGAAAAUUCAUCGUUUUAUUUUCUUGCAGGAAACGUAAGUAAAUGUGCAUAGAUCCUAGAAUUAAAUUAAAUAUUCAUCUUUAAAAAACAAAAUCAAUGCUACACUGAUUGGAAAUUUUUUAUAUAAACAUACUGAAACGUGAUCAGCUAGAGAUUUAAUAUUAAACACUUGAAAAGGUUAUAAGUAAUUUAUAAAACUCGCUCGCAGGAGCUACUUCUUCAAGAUUUAACUAGUCAGUCUGUUGAAAAUUUGACUGUUGAAAAUUUGACCAGUUCGUACGUUAUUUUCAAAAUACGAUGUUUGAAUUUUUGAUUCUUUCAAAGCAUAAAGGUUGCCUUGCCAAGUGCCUUCCGAGUAUAUAUGCUCAAAGCCCUAGAGUUUUAGAGACCAAGAGACAUUUUGCUUGCCUAAUUGCCUUGCAACAUCGCAAAAAAAAUCUUAUUUUCAGCUUCAUCAACACUCGGCGAACAAUUAAUUCAGACUACAAAAGGCACUGCUUAGACUCUUUGUGAUCCAGAACUGCUGCAAUAUAGAUAUAUAUAUAUAUAUAUAUAUAUGAAACUUGAGCAUCCUCACGAAGCAUCAAAAUGAAUUCUGAGAAAAGAGUAGUAAUGCAACUACCCCAACCCACAAGACCAAUAAAUAGCUACGGUUUCGAAUCUACAACUACGUCGAUCAACGUCGACCCUAUGCCUUUCUCUCAGUCCACAAGUGAUCCUCCUGCUACGAUGAUGCCCCAGACACAAUAUCAAGACACUAUUCCAUCACAAUAUAAUCUGAAUAAUUAUAUGCCACCAGCAACAGCAGUGGAAGAACCAGAAGAAGAAGAUGAAGAUGGGAAGGGCAUUGUCAAGCUGCUUCGAUCCGUCAAAGAUGUAGUUUAUGAAAAGCUUCCAGCGAAAAUACAAGACCAAUUGAAUUUCGAGACGAUAAAGGACCCAACUACUAAUCAAAAAGGUGCUUCUACCAGCGAAUUCCGUGGAUCUUUGGAAGACUUGUCGAAGAAGCUUGAACGCUUUAAGAUACGGAUUUUAGAUCCCGGAGUCGUGGUUGUGAAAGAUGAUGAUCAAACUAAUCGAUAAUGUAAAACAAAUUUACUACUUGGUCCAGACAAACAUGUUUUAUACUGCAAGAUAUCACUGAAGUUAAUGUAAUUCUAUUAUCAAGUUGUUUUAUCUUUUGAAAUUAAUGUAUGAGAGCUAAUUCAUACCCCGUUAAUGUAAGUGAGUACAGGGGUUGUUUGAUAUUAAUUGUUAAUCAUGUUUCUAUAAAGUCUUAAACAAAUUAUUUUUGCU